ACUUCCCUCUCUCUCUCUCUCUCUCUCUCUCUCUCUCUCCUCUAUUUCUCUUUCCUCAUUUAUCUCUCUCCCCCACAACCCAUCUACUGUUUCUGUCCUUUCUUUUCUCUCUGUCUGUCAUUUCUUGCAGGCGGCAGCAGCAGCAGCAGCACUGUUGCAGUUUCGAAGGGGAUGAAGAUGUUGAUUAGACCCUCCUCCUCCGAGUUCAAAUCUUCCUCCUUUUUUCCUUAAUUAUUAUUUCAUGUUUUUUAAUUUUCUUUUCUGUUUUUGGGUUUUUAAUUAGACUAAUGAAUAAAAACCAAAUCUCAAGUGUGUCAAGUCCAGCACUAACUCGUAGGAAAAUUCACUUUCUGCCUUUCAUCUUUCCAGUUGUCUAAUCUAAUCUUCCUCCUUCUUCCUUUUGCCUCUACUCUUAACUCUCCCUCCCCCUCCCCCUCCUCUCUCUCAUCUUUCACCUCACCCUCUCUCUCUCACACUCAAGAGGAAGAAGAAGAUCUGCCUUUCCCGCCGCUUAAUGUACCCAAUGAAUUUCACUGGGUACAUGAAUCAGCGGUGAAGAAUUGGAAGAAAGACGACAUCUUUCAGCUGCGUCGAGGAACUGAGAAGAACCCAUUUUCUCAAUUCGCGAGAUUAUGCAGCAGCAACCAGCAGCAGGAGGAGCUGGAGGAGUUGGAGGGUCCCAAACCCAUUACGGAGGAGGAGGAGAGAUGAGUGCUGCUGAAGCUGAGGCGUCGGCGGAGCAAGGUCAGCUGGUGGUGGAAGCGGCGUCGCCAAUCAGCAGCAGGCCGCCAGCUUCCGCGGCGGUGAAUAUGGACGAGCUCAUGACUCUGUCCGGUGCGGCUGUUGCAGCUGAAGAUGCUCUUGCGGAUCGAAGUGGAGGUGGUGGGUCCAGCGGGAACAGAUGGCCGCGUCAGGAGACCUUGGCGCUUCUCAAAAUCAGGUCCGAUAUGGAUGCGGCCUUCCGCGACGCCACCCUCAAAGGCCCCUUGUGGGAAGAUGUCUCCAGGAAACUAGCGGAAUUGGGGUACAAAAGAAAUGCCAAGAAAUGCAAGGAGAAAUUCGAAAACGUUCACAAAUAUUACAAGCGGACGAAAGAAGGCCGCGCGGGACGCCAAGACGGCAAAAGUUACAAGUUUUUCAGCGAGAUGGAGGCUUUACAUGGCACCGCCGCCGCAACGACGGCCAACGUGUCGGCCUCUUCGGGAGUGCACGCCGCACACGCGUCUCCGAACCCGGUUUCCGUCGGGUUUGGGCCUGUCAGUAACCCCAUGCCCAUCUCAUCGUUCAGAAUGUCACCCACGAUUCCAGUAAUGCCCUCCCAACAGCAGCAACAAGCCACUGCAAUUCAAAUAAUACCUUCGUCGCAACCUACAGCCACUCCGAUGGACGUCAACUUCUCCUCCAACAGCUCGUCGACUUCCCCGGGAACUGACGACGAGGACGACGAUGAUGACAUGGAAGGAGAGCCCUCGAGUCGGAAGAGAAAACGGGGGAGUGCUAGUACUAGUACCGGAACUAGUGGCGGCGGAAGUACCCGAAAAAUGAUGGCGUUUUUCGAGGUUUUGAUGAAGCAAGUGAUGCAAAAGCAAGAGAGCAUGCAGCGGAGGUUUCUAGAAGUGAUAGAGAAGAGGGAGCAGGACAGGACUAUCAGGGAGGAGGCGUGGAAGCGUCAGGAGAUGGCCCGGCUAACUCGCGAGCACGAGCUCAUGAGUCAAGAGCGGGCCAUUUCUGCUUCCAGAGACGCCGCCAUUAUCGCUUUCCUGCAGAAAAUUACUGGCCAGACUAUUCAGUUGCCUCCGGCUGUCAACGUCCAAGUCGCUCCCCCACCACCUGUGUCUCCGUCGGUGUCAGUUGUCGCUCCAUUACCACAGACAACGCCACAGCCGACGACACAGACAUAUCAAACACCGCAACAGCAACAACCUCAGCCGCCGCAACAAGUGCAACAAGUUCGUCAUGCUCAGCAGACUCAAAAUGUUCAAGCGGUGAUGGCUGUACCGGAACAACAGGUACCUCCGACGCCGCAGGAGAAUAUUGCUAGCGGUGGAGGAGGAGGGAGCUCCGAGCCUGCAUCGUCCUCUAGAUGGCCGAAGGCAGAAGUGCUGGCGCUGAUAAAGUUGAGGAGUGGGCUUGAACCGAGGUACCAAGAGGCAGGUCCGAAGGGCCCACUUUGGGAGGAAAUCUCAGCCGGUAUGGGGCGGAUGGGGUACAAGAGGAGUUCCAAGAGGUGCAAGGAGAAAUGGGAGAACAUCAACAAGUACUUCAAGAAGGUGAAGGAGAGCAACAAGAAGCGGCCGGAGGAUGCGAAAACGUGUCCAUAUUUUCACGAACUAGAUGCCCUUUACCGGAAAAGGGUACUUGGCGGUGGGUCUAGCGGCGGCAGCAGCAGCUCAUUAGGAAAUAGGCUGGAACAACAACCGCAACAACAGGAGAACCCAAAAUCGGGUUCAUCCACACAUCCGCAACCAAGUGCGCAUACAGUGUCACAAACACAAGGGCAAGUAGUAGCGGCGGGAUCAGAAAACAAGGAUGCAGAUCAUAGCACAAGUGUGGAAACAAAUUUGAGAGCUAACCUCUUUGGAGAGGGAAAAGAAGAGGCUGCCAAGAAGCCAGAAGACAUUGUGAAGGAGUUGAUGGAAGUGCAUGAUCAUCACCAGCAAGUUUUCCAGGGGCUGCCACAACAUUUAGUAGUAGAGGACUACAACAGGAUAGAGGAAGCGGAUAGCGAUAAUCUUAUGGAUCAAGAGGAGGAGGACAUGGAAGACGAUGACAUUGACGAGGAAGACGAUGAAGAAACGGAACAAGAGAGGAAGAUGGCGUAUAAGAUAGAGUUUCAGAAGCAGAAUACAGGCCGUUCGUCUAACGGCGGAGGCAACGGUGCACCUUCUUUCCUCGCCAUGGUUCAAUGAGAUGAUCGAUCCAUCGAUCGAAUCCACAUCAAAACCGAAUCGAUUUUUGCAUGCAUUUGCAUGCGAGUGAGAAAUGUGCAUGGCCAAAUCACUGUACAAUAUGUACGUAUCUCAAUCUAGCUCAAGUAAGAUUAUACCUCACAUGAGCAAAUUAAAGUUGAAACCCUCAAAAAAUUACUUCUUCCAUUUUCUCAUCUUUUUUUUUCUUGUUUUUUUUUUUAAAUUAAUUUCUUUCAUUCUCCUUUGAACAUCACCACCCGAUUUCAUCGCCUUUUGAUUGUUGCUGUCUUCUUGAUCUUCUUCUUCUUCUUCUUCUUCUUCUUCUCGGGUAGUCGUCGUCGUCGCCGUCGUCAUCACUUGUUUCAGCUUUUUUCCAAUUUAUUGAUUUAUUGGUGAAUAAAAAAACCGUUUGAAAAACGGGGAGGGGGAUUGGAUUAAGACACAAGGAAUAAGCUUGCUCUAAAUUUACAUAGCAGCAGUCAUAUAUCGUUACAGAAGAAAAAGAAAAACAAGCCCUGGAAACGUGGAGUGAGGGAGAGAAAAAGUGGACGGUUUCACAAGGCAGACAUCAGCAGUGAUGAUUCAGCAUUAUUCUUUCUUUUCUUUUUUCACUUUUAUUUUAUUUAUUAUUGUUCUUGUUAAUUAAUUAAUUAAUUAAGCUUUUGAGUUUCUUUUGUAAACUUUGCUUAGUUUGAAUGAAUGAACAAGCUAGCUGGGCUCUCUUUAGAAUUCA